CACAACGCGCAGGCGCGGCCCAGAAGUGACUUCUCCAAAAAGUGCCUUAGUUCGCAGUCACCUGAGCUCCGGGAGACUCGGCUGCGGUAGGCUUCGCGGAUACCGCCCUCUGCGGGUCUUGCGUGGAGACCCCGCCUUCUUCUCUCGCCCAUAGGCUUCGCCACUCCGAACUCUCCAAGGGCCUGCUUUUCCUUCCUGUUCUUUACCAGUCUCCGGCCGGACCGGGCCGAGCCGGGCCGCGCGGGCGUGGUCCCUGACCAUGGCGUCCCUCUUCAAGAAGAAAACCGUGGACGAUGUAAUAAAGGAGCAGAAUCGAGAGUUACGAUGUACACAGAGGGCUAUAAGCAGAGAUCGAGCAGCGUUAGAGAAACAAGAAAAACAGCUGGAAUUAGAAAUUAAGAAAAUGGCCAAAAUUGGUAAUAAAGAAGCUUGCAGAGUUUUAGCCAAACAGCUUGUACAUCUACGGAAACAGAAAACAAGAACUUUUGCUGUAAGUUCAAAAGUCACUUCUAUGUCCACACAAACAAAAGUGAUGAAUUCCCAGAUGAAGAUGGCUGGAGCAAUGUCUACUACAGCAAAAACAAUGCAGGCAGUUAACAAGAAGAUGGAUCCACAAAAGACUUUACAAACAAUGCAGAAUUUUCAGAAGGAAAACAUGAAAAUGGAAAUGACUGAAGAAAUGAUCAAUGACACACUUGAUGACAUCUUUGAUGACUCUGAUGAUGAAGAAGAAAGCCAAGAUAUUGUGAAUCAAGUUCUUGAUGAAAUUGGAAUUGAAAUCUCUGGAAAGAUGGCCAAAGCUCCAUCAGCUGCCAGAAGCUUACCAUCUGCCUCUACUUCAAAGGCUACGAUCUCUGACGAAGAGAUUGAACGACAACUCAAAGCUUUAGGAGUAGAUUAGUCCAAAAAGCCAUAACACUUUGCUUAUAAUUAUUUACUGGAAACCAGGUACAUUGAAGAUUUCUUUUACAAAACACAUUGAUUUUUCAAAAAUGAAGACCACAAAUGAACAUUGUUUCCUAAACUCAUAGCUAUUUUGAAUCUUUUGCCAAAGAAUGACAGCGUUAGAAAAUGAGAACACUUUGGAUUUUAAUUAGAACUAUUUAGGAGUGUUGAUGUGUAAAAAGUUGACUUCUUUUUGCAUGGCAUAGAGAAAUUAUGUUCAUUACUUUGCGUAGUUUAUGUUCUAAAUCUUUUUACAAUGAAUACAGAAAUCUUGUUAAAUGCUAGUAGGCACCAACUUAAAAGAGUCUUGUAAAAAUAUUAAAAGUAUAUCAUUAAU